AUGGUCAAGAAAGAAGCCGUAAAUUUUGGCAAGUAUAAGUGGCCAAAGAAAUCCCAGCGUUACAAGAAGACUCAUCAUGAACCGGUCAGGACCAUCAUAACCCGCAGUCAGAGCGCCUCCAGCGGCAGCUUCUUCCACAGAGUCCCUGCAGAGGUGUUCGACAUGAUCCUGGAUAAACUGUCUGUGCGGGACAUCAGUGUGCUCAGCAUGGUGUCCAAGGACAUUACAAGAACUGUUGUCGACUACAUUUCCACCUUGGCCUGGAGGAAUAAAACCGUCAUCCAACACUUUCAUCAGCCCUCCUACCUUGAACAGAAAUCCACUAUUGAACACUACAAGACCCUGGGCUUGUUGUUUAAGAGGUGCACCCUGUUACUACCAACAAAGGACAGGUUAAAGUUUAUCCUUGGCAGGUUUUCACAGAUUCCCUGCUUCAUGUUGGAGAAUUGUUUAGCACCAGACUGCAUUGGUUUCUCCAGCUAUGGCGUCUUCCUCCAGACACUGAUUGCAGGGUGGGAUGAGCUGGAGUGCCACAGAGUGUUCAACUUCCUUUGUGAGCUGACAAACCUGCUGCAGAAAAUCGAAGCCGUAAUCACUGCAAAACCAGGGGCGAAGUGGCACCAGGAGCUGCAGCUUCGUCUGUUCUGCCGUCAGGUUCUGUUGGACCCACGACCGAGCCAGUUAGAGCGUCAGUUCUGGCUCGUGCAGCUCCUGAAGCCUUUGCCAAUGGUCAGCCAGGCUCACUUACUGUUCAUCCUCUAUGGACCGCUGCGGCCUGAGGGCACUCUCGGCUGGCAGGAUCUGGUGGAGAGGGGUUUACCUCACGUUGCUCUGUGGGACCUGGCUAAGGCCAUCCUUGUGCUUUUUGACCAAGUAGAAGUCAAAGGCUGGACUACUGACUCGAUGCUGGCAGUUUUGGAGGAACUCACUGUUAUUCCUCAACCAUGGCAUGUGGAGAACGUAGCUCGUCUUUUAGUGCUGUGCGGCAGCAACCUCUGCUACACUUUUCUGGCCAGCAAGGCCCUCAGUGGACGACUCACUGAGAUCUCAAGACUCAUCGUCUACAUCGUACUGGUGUGUGAGAAGGACGGCUAUCACAUGAACUGGCCGGUGAAGCUGGUGCAGCAGAUAAGCAAGGUCUUCAGCACAGCUCCUGACAAAUUCUGCUUCAUCCAAGAACUGGAGAACAUGUUUUCAGAAGUCACCAGGGAAUUCUUUGAGUUUUCUGUUGCAGGCAACCACUUUGACAACAGAGAGAUUUUUGCGACCCUGUCUAUCCUGCUGGACGCCAGUGCUCACUUCCACGCUAAUUUCAUCCACAUGUUUCUCCAGCAGGAAUUACACAGAUUCAAAGAGAUGUAA